AUGAUGGCUGCAACAAAGCGCGCUCUUGCUCUUAUUGCACGCGGUUCGGAGGAAAUGGAGCUGGUUAUUACUGUUGAUGUGCUGCGGCGCUGUAAUGUCGACGUAACGGUUGCGUUGGUACAAGAAUCUGACACUGGCAUCGAUAAGGAGGAUCUGAUUGCCUGUUGUUCCCGGGGUGUAAACAUCAAAGCCGACACUACUCUCCAGGUGUUCCUGGAGCAGCAUGCGGCCACCGAUGACGCAUUACCAGAUGCGAUCAUUCUGCCCGGUGGGCUCGAAGGUGCAAAAGCUAUGGCACAAGCGCCGGCCGUUGGUCAGCUGCUACAGCGACAGCAGAAAGCCGGCAAGCUUGUAGCUGCGAUAUGUGCCGCACCAACGGUACUAGCAGCCCACGGCAAGUUGUUUGCCGGACGGCGUGUGACGUCCUAUCCCUCGUUCCGGGAGAAAAUGACGGAGGCCGGCUACGUGUGGGAAGAACCAACGGCCGGAUCCCCGCUAGGACGUGUCGUGCGGGAUGAUAAUCUUAUCACCAGCCUCGGACCGGCGACUACGUUCGAUUUUGGGCUUGCGAUCGGUGCUGCACUCGCCGGGCAAGAGGUGGCCGAUAAGGUUGCGGCCGGUUUGCUGUACAAGUGA